GGAAAAUUAAAUAUGAAUGUAAUAACUGAAACAAAAUAUAAAGAAGAAAAUAUUAACGACGAUACUCUUAUUAAUAUACAAGAAGAGUAUAAAAAAACAAAAAUUCAAGAGGUAUUAAACCAGUUAGAUAAAGAAUUAAUAGGAUUAGUACCAGUAAAAAAUAGAAUAAAAGAAAUAGCUGCUCUACUUUUAAUAGAUAAAUUAAGAAUGCAAUUAAACUUACCUCAAGCAAAUCCAGGUUUACACAUGUCUUUUACAGGAAGUCCUGGAACUGGAUAUAUAAGAAAAGGACAUUUAUUAACUGUAACUAGAGAUGACUUAGUAGGACAAUAUAUAGGACACACUGCCCCCAAAACAAAAGAAGUCUUAAAACGAGCCAUGGGCGGUGUUUUAUUUAUUGAUGAAGCUUAUUAUUUAUAUAAACCUGAUAAUGAGAGAGAUUAUGGAUCUGAAGCUAUAGAAAUUUUAUUGCAAGUAAUGGAAAAUCAGAGAAAUGACUUAGUAGUGAUUUUAGCAGGAUACAAGGAUAAAAUGGAGAGGUUUUAUCAAUCAAAUCCAGGUUUAUCUUCACGUAUAACAAAUCAUGUAGAUUUCCCUGAUUAUACAGCAGAAGAAUUAUUAGAAAUUGGAAUACUCAUGCUAGAAGAACAACAAUAUCAAUUAACUCAAGAAGGAAAAGAAGUCUUAUUAGAAUAUAUAAAAAGAAGAAUGAAUCAGCCUCAUUUUGCUAAUGCAAGAAGUAUUAGAAAUGCUAUAGAUAGAGCAAGAAUGAGACAAGCUAACAGAAUCUUUAAUUCAUUAAAUAGGGUUUUAACUAAAAAAGAUUUAGUUAGUAUAGAAGCUGAAGAUAUACUAAAGAGUAGUUUAUUUAUGGAUAAAUAAAUCAUUUUCUAAUAUAUCUUAUAUUAUAAGAAAUAAAUUUAUAAGGCGGUAU